AAUCCUCUGAUUCAUGCUAAAAUCACCCUCCUCCUUCAUGCCGGAGUUUGCGGAUUGCUUCAAAGAAUGAACACCACCGUGACCAUACGUACCUGAAUCGUUUCUCAAAUUAUUCAGUAUGCGAAGAAAUGAUAAUGCUAGAUUAGCAAGAAAGGAACAAUCAUUUGAAUUCUUCCACCGAAUUCCACCAAAUAUUGUUGAUUCCGGCUUAAUUCCGAUGGAUGUUGUACUGUAUAUCCCGUUUUCAUGAUCGAUGAUCUGAGUUCCUGCUUCGCACUCCAUACACAGACGCUAUCCGAGUUUCCGAUGAAGUUUUAUGAUCUGUCAUGGUCCUCGGAAUCAGGCGAAGGUAGCACCAGUUCAGAUGAAGUUUUAUGAUCUGUCAUGGUCCUUGGAAUCAGGCAAAGGUAGCACCAGGUGAGUAGAUGGUACUAAUUUUCUUGCUUCUCUUUCACUGUUAGCCUGUAAUUCUCCUUGAUUCUUUAAUCUGUUAAUUUCAUGAAGAUCUUACACUAUAAUCAAGGAUUUGGUUUACGAAGUUUCUUCUUAAUCAGGAUGAGGAAAGGAAGUGUUCCAAACAAUAAUGAUCAUUAACACAUUCCUGAUAUUUCUUGAAUUUAUUGUCUUAAUUUUGAUCCACACACACAGACGCUAUCCUAGUGUAAGCAUCUUGGUUUCGUGUUUCUUCUUUUUCAUGGUGGAUGAUCCUUUUUCUGCUUUUCCUUUGUGACUGAUUAGGUUUUUUUUUUUUUGUCCGGUACCCACAGUUCAGAUGAAGUUUUAUGAUCUGUCAUGGUCCUUGGAAUCAGGCAAAGGUAGCACCAGAUCUUACUCCAUAAUCAAGGAUUUGGUUUGCGAAGUUUCUUCUUAAUCAGGACGAGGAAAGCAAGUUAGUGCUCCAAACAAUAAUGAUCAUGAAUGCAUUCUUGAUAUUUCUUGUAUAUAUUGUCUUAAUUUUGAUCCAGCAGUUUGCAUAUAAUAAAUAUCAUUAGCAUUG